CACAGAAGAAAUAUACCAAUUCAAAACAUACUGUUGUAUUUCACGAUGUUAGGGACCUCGACAUAUGGAAAUAUUAAAUACAUAAUUUGAUCCGGUGCACCGUUUCUGGUAGAUUUGGUUCUUCAAAGAGGUUAUAAUGCUGCUAGCUCAGAUAAAUCAGUCAGCAGAUUUCCAGCAUGAGGGUGACGCUCAGGAAGUCACGCUCUGCUUAACUGAGGCUGUGGGGAUCGCAGGUCAGAGCUGCACGCUUUAUUCAUGAUUUCUUUUCAGACAUUGACAUUUUAUUAAAGGGAAAGCUGUGUAUACACACUACUGUCAGUAAGUUGAAACCUUGAAAAAAUGUGUCAAGGUUUCGACAAAUAUAUUAAGCUGCACAACUGUAUUAAAUAUUGAUAAUAAUAAAUGUUUCUUGAGCAGAAAAUCAGCAUAUUAGAGUGAUUUCUGAAGUGUAUGUGACACUGAAGACUGGAGUAAGUAAUGAUGCUGAAAAUUCAGCUUUGGCAUCACAGGAAUAAAUUAAAUUUUAAAAUAUAUUAAAAUAGAAAAUAGUUAUUUGAAAAUGUAACAAUAUAUCACAGGAUUACUAUUUUACUGUAUUUUUGAUUAAAUAAAUGCAGCCUUGGUCAGCACAAGAGACGUUUGAACGGCAGUGUACUCCAUAUUACAGUCAUCAUGAUCUGUCACUCUCUGUUUGUCUUGUUGAUUAUUCAGAUGGUGAUCAGAGCAUGGACACAGUCAGUUUGCAGGCUGUGACUUUAGCAGAUGGCUCCACUGCAUAUAUACCUCACAACCCUCAAGACAGCAAUAUAGUAGAAGGACAGGUGAUCCAGUUAGAAGAUGGAUCCUCUGCCUAUGUGCAACACAUUGCUGUUCCAAAAGCAGAUGAGUCAAAUAACUGGACUGGCUCAUCUGUAUGUGAUGUUGUUGGUAACGAAAGCUUAAGACUGGAAGAUGCUCAGACUGUGCAGUUGGAAGAUGGAACUACUGCUUACAUCCACCACACCGCAAAAGAAACAUAUGAACCCAGUACCUUGCAGGCGGUGCAGUUAGAGGACGGUUCUACCGCUUACAUCCAGCAUGCUGUUCAGGUGUCACAGCCUAACACCAUUCUGGCCAUCCAGACAAAUGGCACAGUAGCAGAUUUGCAGACGGAUGCAUCCAUUGACCAAGAAACAAUCAAUGCUUUGGAGCAGUACACAACCAAGAUUGAGGAAAUGGACUCGUACACAAACUCUGAGCUGAUCACCAAUGAUCCUCAUGGUGUUGUGGAGAUGCAGAUCGUACUUCAGGGUCAAGGAAUUCGCCGUAAUACGCAGCAGCCUGGAGAGAAAUGUUUUCGGUGUAAUUAUGAUGGAUGUGGAAAGCUUUAUACCACUGCAAAUCAUCUUAAGGUACAUGAAAGAGCGCAUACAGGUGACAAGCCAUACUGUUGUGACAUACCUGGCUGUGGAAAAAAGUUUGCAACAGGUUAUGGUUUGAAAAGUCACAUCAGGACACACACUGGAGAAAAACCUUACCGCUGUCAGGAGUUGGACUGCAAAAAAUCUUUCAAGACCUCAGGGGACCUUCAAAAGCACACCAGAAUUCAUACAGGAGAGAAGCCAUUUUUAUGUCCUAUCCCGGGCUGUGGACGAUCCUUCACUACCUCAAACAUCUGUAAGGUGCAUGUUCGCACACACACAGGAGAGAAACCGUAUCACUGCCCAGAGCCAGGCUGUAAUCGGGCCUUUGCCAGCGCAACAAAUUACAAGAACCACAUACGGAUCCAUACAGGAGAGAGGCCGUAUGUUUGCACAGUUCCUGGUUGUGACAAACGAUUCACUGAGUACUCGAGUCUAUACAAACACAAUGUAGUGCACACUCCCUGUAAACCCUACAAGUGCAACCACUGUGGAAAGACGUACAAGCAGAUUUCCACGCUGGUCAUGCACAAACGUACAGCACACAAUGACUCUGAGCCUAUAGAAGAGGAGUCGGAGGGCUAUUUUGAACCCCCUUCAGAGGCUAUAGAUGACCCCUCCCUGAGUGUUAGUCCUGUGAAGUGUGAGGACACUUGUCCUGAAAUGGCUUCUGAAAUCUCUGAUGUUACAGAACAACAGCAUGUAACUCUCAUCACACAAGAUGGAGCAUCACAGGCUAUUGGAAAUGCAAUCACAAUGGUAACACAAGAUGGCAGUAUGAUCACCUUCCCACCCACUGAGUCUUUGCUGACAUCAGCGGAGGCUCAUUCAGUGACUAUGGUCUCAGAGGAUGGGACUGAAGGACAGAUGACUAUUAUGAUGCCAGAAUUAACAUCUUCCAGGAUCACACAGGAUGGGUUAUCAGCACACCCAAUUACACUUCUGGCUACUUCUAACGGCACACAGAUUGCUGUUCAGCUCAAUGAACAGACUUCACUGGAAGAGGCUCUGAGGAUAGCAUCAUCAUUGCAGGGAGGAGAAACUACAGAACUGGCCAAUUAACUACCUUCACCUUCAGAUAGGGCUCAGUAUUUAGUGUAACUAGUGAUUCCAUGAACGAAUGAUGAACUUUUGUAAUUACCCUUUCACCGCAAUUGUACAGAGGUCAAACUGUGCACUAUGAUAACAUUUUUAUCAGAUUUUGUUCAUUGAUAUAGAUAUCUAAAGGCAGAAACCUGUUUGCAUUUUUAAAUAAAAAGAGAUGAAUGGGA